AACUAACUGACAGUGUCAAGUGAAACUGUCAAUAUAAAGGCAAUUUUAUACAAUGUUUACUUCAAUUUAUUGGUUUUUGUAACAAAUAUACCGCUGUUUGAGGGUGUGGGCAUUCUGGCACAGAGGAAACUAGACCCAAUGAUGAAUGUACUAAAGUCCGUUUUCGGGGUGUGCAGCGGGUCCGCGGAGAAGAGUGAAGUUCACGACACAGUGCGUCGUAUUUUCGGAAACGAUAUGGUCAUGAAAGACAACACGGAACGACAUUUGGUGAGAAGCAAGUAUCUCCAUCACAUUAAGGAGAAUCUGCCAAAAAUGUUGGACAGCAAGGUAGCAACCUCCACACACAAGAGCAAGCCUAGCAAGAAACACACCGCUGUGGUAAUAGUGAAUAAUAUGGAAACUCAAGAUGACAGACAUGGUCGUGUAGGACCUAAAAUUGUGGUUUUUGACGCUUCUACUGGUACUGGACGACUAGUUCUGGUCGGAGACGAAAGAGUCAGCGUCCAGGGUCUCUCUAGCUUCGCGACCAUCAGAGCUACAGCUUGCGUGUUUGCGGGGAAAUGGAUGUAUGAAGUUCAGCUCGGGACUAAAGGAAUCAUGCAGAUUGGCUGGUGCACCAGUUCCUGCCUCUUCUCUAUGGACACAGGAGUGGGAGACACUGCCAACUCUUACGCUUAUGACGGUGGAAGAGUUAGAAGGUGGAACGUAGCCACGUCUCCUUAUGGCCAUGCAUGGUUGCCAGGAGACGUUAUAGGCUCAUGCAUAGACCUGGAUAAUGGAACACUGGAGUAUUUUAGAAACGGAGUUUCAAUGGGCGUGGCAUUCAACAACGUCACUCACGGUAACGGCGUCGCAUACUUCCCAGCCGUAUCGCUGGCGAUGCAAGAACACUUGUAUGCUAACUUCGGUCAUGUACCUUUUGUUUUUCCCCAGGACGACUUCGCGCCUCUCCAGCUGCCGCCGGUGCGUGAGUGCGCGCGCGCGGCCCUUCUGUUCAAGUCCAUUGACGCGCUGCUGGAGGAGCUGGCCAGGUUCAACGACCUUAGACCGAUCUCGGCUAAGAGCAGUAAGGCCAGGUCAGAAUCUUCCAAAGCGGCUGAAGAAGAGGUGGCACUGCGCAUCCACAGUUCCAACUCCACGUACACCCCCAAACCCUCGCCUCAUCAUGUCGCGGUCACGAACAGCACGGAUAACAAGCGGAUGUCCAGAAAGGCCUUCCUCAUGUCUCUGGCUCGUUUAGCUGUCGUGGAGCUGGGCAUCAGCCUGCGACUCUCGUAUGUUGUGGUGUCAGAACUGCUGCCCCGACUUCGAGGCGCCCUUGGCGUCAAGAACAGGGCCAUAAAUGUGGACCCACUGGCGGCGGAGUUCUAUGCCAAAGCUAGGGAAAGGAAUUUUACCGACUUGUCAACCAAAUUCCUUUCACAAUCCCAGCCGAAGUUGUGCACGAUGCUGGACCUGCUCUGGACGUUCUUGGACGAAGCAGCGUUAUGUGAUAUCUUGGAGCAUUGCGUUGUGAGGGAAUGCCUGCUCUUCGAUUUGGUGUCUCCGGACUUGCAGUUUAUCCAGCAACUGGAGGGCGUGUACGUGCUCUGCGGCCUGAUGCAGCAUGUGGAGACCAGGCACCAUCUCGUCAAAUACGUUUUCUUCAACAAGAUCUCAUUCGACAACUUCCUAAACGUCAAGUGUCCAGAUGAAGAAGUCCUCAAAACCGUUGUCCGGAACCCGUGGUGGCAGAAGCCAACUCCUGUUCACGGGGAGACGGAUCCUCGGAUAGCUGAAAUGGCAGAAACAGGCACCAUUGCACGUCCCAACCCUUUCCCGGGAGAAACUAAAAACGAAUACAUCACUUCUUUUGAAGACAUUAAGAAAGAAACGCAGUAUAAGGAAGACUGUAAUAAAAUCACCAAAGCUGUCGCGCCUUUAGAACAGAUCCAGCUGGAGUUCCUCCUAAUGCUGCUGGAUAACUCGGACGGCACGAACAUGGUUCCUUCGACGAGGAAGAUUUUCAUGGAGAAGUUCCGAAGAUACAUCAUGGACAACUGUAUUUUGGACAUGAGGCUGUUCAACAUAUCGCGCAACUCGCCUGCCAUCUCGUGGUGCUGCCAUGCACGGCUGUUGUCUGCCGUGCUUAAGCUGUGGGAGGAGAAGCCGCUGGGUCAAACCAACACUUCCGUUCCUCCUUACACCCCUCCCAAGUCGUUCAUCGAUGGAGAACUGGACUACUACAACGUCGAUCGGCUGGGUGGCGUGCUGCCGUUUCUAGUGAGAACCUUACGACAAGAACUAAUAAAUGUAUUGGGAGAAGAAAAUCCGUUCGUGCAAAGCUUCGAGCCCACUUACAACAGGGGCGGAGGGAUUGACAUGGGUGUAAGCGAGAUGGGCGCAGGCUCUCCCGGUUUAGCAACACUGCCUCAAGUAAUUUCUUCGAUGGCUCGCUUUAUGCACGCUACGCUACCGCCGAUUCCAAACAGAUCUAUAGGAGAAACAGCUUUGGCGCUUAAGGGCGCCCGCUCCAUGAUGCCUGGAGCUGGCUCCAUCAAUGUCAGGACAGGGUAUCUUCGGCUCCUAGAUGGACUGCUGGCGUUGUAUCAUGGCUCAGCCAUCAAACAUGCUGAGAAGCUAUGCGAGCUAAGAGACAACCAGCAAGACAUGGCAGAUUGUCUCCACGACAUCGAGCACCGAAUCGCAGACUUAACCAGCGAAUUGCAAGCUGCAGAGAAAGGUAACAUUUCCGAAUCAGACAUAUCAAAAAAGGAAUUGACAGAGAAAAUACUUCAAGAACUCGAAAGAUCCAAAAGUGUCUACGAGGAGAAGCUAAAAGCUGGAGCGCUGCAAAUGGCGUGGGUGAUCGGGGCUGUCUGGACACAGAGCCGACAAGCUGACUUGGCCAAGCACUUCGCGGGCACGUUGCACUCUAUGCGGCUUGCUUCUGACACAGAGUAUGCUGCUCACACCCAGGUGGCCAGUAAGGAGAUUCUUCCAGGGAAGAGCUCUCUACUCGGAAGCUACGCGUCUCUACAGCUCGAAUACACAGACAGCUCCAGUAAUAGCCCCCAGACACCAAACUCAACGGCGGCCACCCCCCGAAACGCAUCCAACACUCAAGUCGGACCGGCCAAUCAACCAGUGACGCGUGAAUUUGCAGAACCCCUGUUUGCGUUCGUACCGGAAUACCACGUGGACGCCAUGUUGGAACUCUGCAACACACUCCGGUUGUACAUGCAUCCCACAGUACCUGUUCAUCAGAUACCAGAAUGGGAAGAUCUGAUGGUAUCCUGCGCUUCUUUCCUGUGCUCUGAGUUCGCAGACCAGCGCAUAGUGUUAGCGAGUACCCGCGAGUCCUUGGUGCAGACGCUGGCUUCGUUUGCCACGCAGCCACCCACUAUGAGGGCUAUUGAGCGGGUGCCUGUCAAACACCAAAUGUGCAUGGUGGAAGAACUGAUUCGUCCUUACCAGAACCGAGCAUGGGCGCAGUCCAACUGGGUGCUUGUGCGCUUUUGGCAUGGCUCAGGAUUCGGCUUUCGGCACCGCCAAUGGCCCCAUCUUGCUGCCAGAUACGGUGACAGAGAACCAACAGUGAACAAUCUUGGUGCCAAAGUAGAUGCUGGACUUAUGAGUCAAUGUUUCGGCCCGUGCCCAUCAGAAGUGAUCCAACAACGAAUACGAGACUACAUCGCGUCACAUCCUAAAGAAGCUGCGUCAUUCUUCAACUCGUUGUUGAGCCAACUCAACUGGGCAUUCUCUGAGUUCAUCACUAUGAUGCAAGAGAUGGACAGAGUGAACGUGGACUCCAACCUCGAGUCGCGUCAAAUCAAGCUUUGUGCCACCUGCUUCGACCUCUACCAUGGACUGGCGAGGGCCCUGGAGAUGGCUAUAUGCCUGGCGCCUACAGUUCUCACGAAGGCGGAGGCCUGUGAUAAACAGAAUGAGCUUUUACUGGGCAGGACUUGUCAGAUACUAAUGGCCGUCGUGUCUCGCGUCUGCGUCCGGUCCGGCGGCGGCGCCGGCUUCGCCCGUCUCGUGGCCCGUGGACUGCCGGACACGGACCGUGUCCACUACUACGUGGCGCUGGCUCCGGUCGCCGGGUGCAUCAUCAGGAUGCUUGACCCGAAACUUCCACAGGAGCACUUGGAGCGGGCGACGAAAGCGCUGGUCUCCGAACCGCUUUUCCACAUCGAUGGUCUCGACUUCAUGUUGGGGAAGUGCAAAAGAGCGGAUUUCUCCUUCUACAACUAUCCCGAGGACGUCACGGUUGAAGAGAUGAAAGCGUUAGAAGCGGUCGUGGAAAAACUCCGAGCUGCUAAAACUAACUUGGAGUCGUCACCAGGAGGCAGCGGCACGCAAUCAGAACUGCUUUGCACUAUUUGCUACGCGCGACCAGCGGACACGGCCUUCAUGCCGUGUGGACACCAUUCCUGCAGAGCCUGUGUUAUGCAGCACAUGCUGAACAGCAAGCAGUGUUUCUUCUGUAAAGCGGAGAUCGAAACAGUACGAGAAAUCGAGCCAGCAAACAACUGAACCUGUAGGUACUUAGGCUUACAUUAGCCAAUAAGGCUGUUAGCGGAUGCGACGACGCUCAGAAGUAACUUGAAGGUACCUGACAAAAACAAAAGUUUUCACUUCUGCUCAAAAUGAGAUGGAUAAUGCGACGGUUUCACUCUGUGAUUCAACCAACGAUAUACAGUUCCUUCGAUACUGAAGCAAUUUAUGAAGUCAGUUCUGACGAAUGCGCCGGAAAUACAGGGUGUUUUUAUCAAUCCUUUGUCAUAUUUUAUGAGGUGAACAUAAACUUAGUAACUUUCACUAGUUAGUACUCCGAUAAAAAACAUUGAUACCUAUCUGAUCAGUAAAAAAUUAUGAAACAGAAAAUUUUGUCGCAUGUCCCUAACGCACCAUGUGUAAUAUUAUUUAUUAUUACUGGCUUAUAUGGUGUCCCACUGCUGGGCAAUGGCCUCCCCCUCGAUCUCCAUCCGUCUCUGUUUUGAGCAAUCUCCGGCCAGCCGUUGAGAUAUGCGUCCAGGUCCCGCCAUCUCCGCCAGGGCCUACCAGCUCCUUAUCCAUCUUGCGGCACUCACUCCGUGGCUAUUUUCGCCCACCUCUGAGGGUGCAUGCGGCAGACAUGGCCGGUCCAGUCCCAUUGAAAUCUAUAUAAUUACAAUAACUAUAUAUACUACUACCUACGAAAAGAAAUAAACCAGAGGCCCUACCGUGAAAAAUGAAAAUCAAAUUUUCUUUAUUUGAUUUCUGAAACGAAAUUUCGAUUAUCAUUUUUCACGGUAGACUUUCAGAUGCUUGCUCGUGACCAAACGACCUGCGAACUUAUCGCACUAUGAAAUGCAGUCUUAAAUACAUGUUCGCCAAUGUAGACGAAUUUUAAAAUUGUACCUACCUUAUUUAUAUAAAUUACGCAAGAAUUGAAAACUUAGAUUCUAUUUUAUAAUACUGCAUUCAUUUUGUAAUCUCUUGAUAUUAUAUUUUGAGUUUGUUCAUUAAUUUUAAAUAGU